AUGGUGAUGUCGAUACUCCUGCCAUACGACAGCGGCCAGGAACGGCUUGUACCUCUUCCUCCAGAUGUCGCCGUUCAUCACUAUGAUUCCUUCUUGCACAUAGAACGCCAAUCAAGACAGCUCCAGCGAGAUCUCCAGACACUUCUAGAUGCUCAAAGCACAGGACUAGCUGCUGGUCUCUCCAGACCCACGGGAGACGAUACCACGUCAAAUGGCAGCCUGACUCCGACUCCUACGCCUACCCAACUCGGUAGCAACCCUCGGAAUACUAUCACCAUACCCGUACGCCAGCCAUUGCAAAAGAAAAUCGGUCUCCGAGGUGCAAGACGUGGGAUUCUAAAAGCCAUGCAUGCAUUACUAAGUCUAAAGGAAGAGGAGCGACGACUCAUUGACUCCGAGCUGAAGAAUAGGAGACUAGCAGUGAAGGAAGUGGAAACCUUCGUGAAUAAGCAGAGUGGCCUUGAAAAUGCUAUAGCGGAAAUCCAAACGAAUGAUGGAUCACUAAGAGCAGAAAAUUUGAUAAGGGAGGCUCGCACGCUGGAAACAGAUAUUCGAGACCUGGAGUCAAAGUUACUGCAAAUGAAAGUGCGGCAUCGUCAUGUCCUCAACGAAGUCUCCCAAAUUCAAAACUCCGUAGACGCCCAAUUAUCGUCGUACAAGGCCUCGUUGGCAUUAGUCCAAACGGAUGUGAAUAACUAUCUACGGUCCCCUCCGAUACGACCGCUUGUGCCUCCCACUGCUACUCCCCCACCGUUUUACGCUCUAAAUCCCGAUCGCAGGACUCUUGAAAUGGCGAAAGAGCAAUGGAUAAUGGAGCAGAAUGAGCUAAGGAGUAAACGACGGAAAGCAGACCUUGAGAUCGAGGCUUUAAAGGAAGGAGGCGGGGUCUGGCAGAAAGUGGUAUCAAAUAUAUCCAGCUUUGAGAAAUUAUUACAGCGAGAAAUGCGGAGCCUGCAGCAGGGAUCACAAUUUCGAGAAUCUAGAGACGAGGAAUCAAAUAUAGCCAAGAGGCGAACUGUUCUGGAUGAACUGGACGACACGACCUCACAACUGGAAACGAGCUUACAGCUAGCGGAGCAGAAAAGUUGGGAAUUUGCUCAUCUGUUGCAUUGGCGCGGAACUUGA